GUAUAGACAGUAGAGACAUAUCCUUCAGUUGAAUCAAUUAACAAGAAUGGCUCUUUCAGCUGCCACUCUUCUCACUGCCCUUGCAGUACUCUGCUCUUUCUUUUACAUUCUAUUUUACAUCUCAUCAAGCAAAAAUGGAAAAGGAAAAGGAAAAGGGAAAGCCAUUCCGGGUCCGCGACCCUUGCCAAUUAUUGGAAACCUCCACAUGUUAGGCAUGCUUCCACACCAAUCCCUUUAUCACUUGGCCAAAAAAUAUGGUCCUAUGAUGUCCAUAAGGCUAGGCGUUGUGCCAACUGUUGUCGUUUCAUCCCCUCAAGCCGCUGAGAUAUUUCUCAAGACACAUGAUGCUGUUUUCGCAAGCAGGCCAAGACUUCAAGUCCUAGAAUUAAUUUACAAUGGCAAAAGGGGCAUAGCAUUCACAGAACUUGGAUCAUAUUGGCGUAGUGUGAGGAAGAUUUGUAAUAUGACAAUUUUUACUGCAUCGAAAAUUGAAUCGUUUGCAUCAACGAGGAAGGAGGUGCUAGCGCAUUUCAUUGAAUCUUUGAAAGAAGCUGCAUCAGCAAAGGAAGUGGUCAACAUUAGUAAGAAGAUUGGGGCGCUUAAUGAAGAGAUGACUUUGAGAAUGGUUUUGGGGAAUGUGAAGAAGUAUCAGGGAUUUAACCUCAAGGAGCUUAUUGAUGAGCUUACUCACAUAGCAGGAGCUUUCAAUCUUGCAGAUGUUGUUCCUUUUCUGGGUGCUUUCGACCUACAGGGACUCAAAGCACGUACAACGAAACUCGGUGAAAAACUUGACAAAGCCCUCGAGACGAUCAUUGACGACCAUGAACAACAUAAGCAAGAUGAUUUCGUCGGUACACUGCUUAAAGAGUUAAAUCAACCAAUGAACAAUGAUGGUGAUAUAAUGGAUCGAAAUAGCAUCAAAGCCAUAACAAUAGAUAUGAUGGUGGGUGCCUUGGACACUUCAGCUGCCACAUUGGAGUGGGCAUUAUCAGAGCUCCUAAGGCAUCCAAGGGUACUGUUAAAACUCCAACAAGAGUUAGAAAGCAUUGUCGGGAACAAGAGAAUGGUAGAGGAAAAUGAUUUACCAAAAUUGGAGUACCUAGACAUGGUUGUGAAAGAAAUUUUUAGGCUUCAUCCUGUUGCACCUUUGCUAGUUCCUCGUGAGUCAGUGGAAGACAUAAUUAUUGAUGGUUGUUACAUACCAAAACAAUCAAGGGUCUUAGUGAACAUUUGGGCAAUGGGGAGAGACCCUAAUACUUGGUCCAAUAACGCUGAAGAGUUUUUUCCAGAAAGGUUCAUUGAUAGCAAUAUAGACCUUCAUGGACAUGAUUUUGAACUCAUCCCAUUUGGUGCAGGCCGUAGAUUAUGCCCAGGGAAGAAAUUAGGGUUAAUCACAGUUAAACUUAUUCUAGCUCAAUUACUGCAUUGUUUCAAUUGGGAGCUACCUAGUGGAAUGUCGCCGAAUGAACUGGACAUGACUGAGAACUUUGGUGUCUCGUUGCCAAGAAAGAUUAAUCUAUGUGUCAAGCCCACUUAUCGCAUGUAAAAAUGCAAAUUUUAUGAUUUUUUUGUGUUUUAAAAUAACAAUAUGUAUACGUAUAAUAAAGGGCAUUGUAAAAUGGCAUGUAUUUCUUUUUGAAAACAGUAUGUCACAAAAUAAAUAUAUAUGUUGACAAUGCAUCAUACUUAAUAAAAUCCCUCAAAAUCAAACAAAUAUAACUAAA